AUGACAUUUUUAGAGCGGGUCAAAGAAUUUGACUUCUUUCAGAGGAAAGCCUUCUUUGCCUUAUGCCUGCAUUCUGCUACUUUUGCUCCCUUUUAUGCAGGGAUUUUUUUCCUGGGAUUCACCCCUGAGCAUCGCUGCUCCAGCCCCGGGGUGGCCGAGCUGAGCCAGCGGUGUGGCUGGAGCCUGGAGGAGCAGCUGAAUCACACAGUUCCCGAGUGGGAUGGCCACGGGGCCAGCUUCAGCAGCCGCUGCAGGAGGUACGAGGUGGACUGGAACACCACAGGCAUCAGCUGCACUGACCCCCUCGGCAGCCUGGUGGGCAGUGGGAGCACCGUCCCCCUCGGUCCCUGCCGGGACGGCUGGGUCUACGAUUCCUCAGGAAGCUCUGUCGUGACAGAGUUUAAUCUGGUAUGCGAGGACUCCUGGAAGCUGGACCUCUUCCAGUCGUGUUUUCCAUGCUGGGUUUUUAUUGGCUCCAUGAGCAUUGGCUACAUAGCAGACAGGCUUGGGCACAAACUUUGCCUUCUGGUCACCAAUGUGAUUUCAGGGGUUCUGAUGGCCUUGGAACUGAGCUGCACCUGGAUGGUGACAUCCCACCUGCUCCAGGGACUGGCCAGCGAGGGAGGCUGGCUCACAGGCUCUGUCCUCAGUUAUGCAGUUAGGUGCAAUUGCACCUUCUGGGCAGGGACCCCUGUUUAG